AUGUCGAUGUCGGAGCUUCCACGGGAUCUGUUGGAGGAGAUACUCUUUCGCGUUCCGGACAGAUCGUUGAGACCGUUAAGAUCUACGUGCAAGCAAUGGAACAGUAUAUUCAACGACCAGAGAUUCAGAAGUGAACUUAGCGGAUUCGGCAUAUAUGAAGUCUUUCACUGUGAUGGCUUGUUGUUAUACAUCAACGCAUUAAAGAGUAUUAUGGAGGUUUGGAACCCGUUUAUGGGUAAAACCAGGUGGAUCCAAGGCAUAGAUCUUAACAGGAAAAACUACAGGUAUGUUCUUGGGUCCUACCAAGACAAUAAAUCCGGCACUACCAGCUACAAAGUACUGAGAUAUAGUUUUGGCAACAAACCAGUAUUUGAAAUCUGUGAGCUUUACUCUAAUUCAUGGAGGAUCAUUGAUGUCACUCCGAACUUGAGUUUUUAUGGUCAUCCCUGUAAUUCCUGCGUCUCUUUGAAGGGUAAGAACUACUUUUUUGCUUUUGAUGAAGAAGAGAGUCAGCUCGAUAUGGUUAGUUUUGAUUAUACAACGGAGAGUUUUGGAAGUCGUAUGAGUCUUCCGUACCAGUUUCCUAUUGGUAGUUAUUUUAUUAAAUCUCUAUCUAGUGUGAGAGACGAGAAACUUUCACUGUUACUACAACUGAGCGAUACCUCAAGUAAAGAGAUAUGGGUAACAAAUAAGAUUGAUGAGACCACCACUCAAGUGUUGUUGUGGACCAAGGUCUUAACAGUGGACUACCCUUAUCUUCGCCAUGGCUUUACAAGUUUUUUGUUCGACGAGGAGAAUAGAAAAAUCGUGUGUUGUGAGAGAGGUAGAAGUAGAACUGGCGACGCCAAUUAUGGGGCCGACUGGGUUUACAUUGUUGGGGACGAUAAUAAAGUCACAAAACUAAGUUUUGGAGAACAUUCCAUUCUUUCAUGUGUUCCACAUUUGUUUCCAAGUUUGGUUCAAAUCGAGCACCCUCAACGCAAAGAGUAA